AUAGACUCUUAUGUCCGGAACGUAAAAUAAUUAUUUGUUGAUAAAUUUAAUUUUGUUUAAUAAAAAUCUGCCUAAUUAUCCCCUCAAAAAAAGUCAAUAAUUUAUAAAUGUUCUAGUUUUUCCUCACAUUGUAACUGAUUCAUGCAUUUAGAUGCUUAUAUAAAUUCCUUUCAAAGCUUCUUCUUCCGGUAAAAAGGGAAUUUCCCUUUUCACUGACGUUUGACGUUGACAUAUUCUUCACCUCCAACCAACACAAAACCUGAAAACAUGGUACUAGAAAUCACUGAAUCUAAUGAGCAACAAUUGAAUGCAAGAGCAGAAAUGUCAGGAAAACCGAGUAAACCUCUAGAUUUAGAAAUUGCGUUUUCGAGUGAAAACAACGUGUUCUUGAAGUGGAAUCCCCCAGCAACAGAUGGUGGUUCCCCCGUCACCAAGUACUUCGUUGAAGUAUUGGAUAAAGUCGGUGACUGGAGGACGGAAAAAGUUGUUCCUAGCAACCAGGAGAUCACUUCCAUAAGAAACCUCGAACCAGGCCGAGUUUAUCAGUUCAGAGUGAGUGCUGUCAAUGAAGCUGGAGCUGGUGAACCGAGCAAUGUAACGCCAUUUACAGUCGCUAAGCCUAAAGGGUGUGCCCCCAAGAUUCAUAAUGAUACAUUACACACCGUCGAAAUGGAAGUUGGCGACUCAUUUGCAGUUCAAAGACUCAUCGAUGCAGAACCCUCGGCAUUUGUUACAUGGCAGCUGGACGGACGAACAAUAACAAACCAAGAUCGAGUGAGAAUAAUUUACGAAAAAUGUUGCGCAAGAAUCGAAAUUCACAAAUGCAAAAAGAAUGACAGUGGAAUCUAUUCAAUUACAGCUAAGAAUGAGUUUGGACGACUAGAGCAAAAAAUAUUUAAGCUUGUCGUCGAAGAUGGAGUAUUCAGAAAACUGGGAAAAGCCGCCUUGAUUACAGCAGGAGCCAGUGCAGCCAUCUUAGGUGGAAUACCACUUGUUGUUUCUGGAUUAGGCUUCACGGCCGGAGGAGUGGCAGCGGGAUCAAUGGCAGCUGCAUAUCAAAGUGCUGUUCUGGGUGGCACGAUAGCAUCUGGAAGCGCCUUCGCAACACUCCAGAGCAUUGGGGCUGCUGGCUUGGCGGCAUCCACUCAAGCUGGUAUCGUUGGAGCUACUGGAGCGACUUCUUUGGCUGCGGUGUUCAAUAAAAAGAAACCCAAAAAAUAACUACUUGAGGCCUUAUAAUUUAUAUUUAUUCCGUGAAAUUAUUAUUAUGUCUCUAAUAAAAAAUCUUUUUUCAGUGAAAAAAA